AUGGCACGCAUCAAUGACGCGGCGAUGGCUUCCUCUAUGUCUCCCAAGAAGACAAGCUCGAGGUCACUCCGACGCUCACCCUCCAUGGAUUUCGAUGAGCUGCAUCCUCACAUGAUGUAUGGGGCGCUCAUGUCCUUCCUGGAUUCUUUGUAUCGCUCCAGCUGGGAUGUGGUGCCAUCUGUCGUGUCCGCAAGGGUGGUGGCACUGGCACUGUUGAUUCCAGCAAUGUUCAUCGUGUUCCCGCUGAUUGUUUUGGAGCGCAUCGUGGAGAUCACAACGGUUUUAAUUGUCCUGGCAGAGGCAUCAUUUUUCCUAUGGCUGCGCAGACUGCGCUCUCGCCUCAAUUUGGUGAGGCCAAUGAGUCAGAGGCUGCUGCCUGUCCAGCCGCAUGAUGUUUUCGAGCGCACACUUGCCCGCAUCGACCAAUGCGCCACAUGGCCGAUUGGACGAACUCCAACGGAGUGGUUGGAGGGCUGGUUCAUGAAGACUCCCAUAUCGCAAAUCAAGCGCGGCAAUGCCGAAGAGUUCUUCGCCUGGGCAUUCUUCAACAAAUAUCCUUCAGAGCUCAAGGAAGAGGAAAUGAGUGAGAUGAAAGCGAUGCUGCAGGAGUGCGAGCGCCGAUAUGGAUGGGAAUUAGCAGGAGGCUACUCUACAGGCGUCCGGCCGAUGCGCAUCAACUUCGACAGGAUCCAGGCCUGGUAUCAUCCUUUGUGGUACUACGCUGGUAUUCUCGGGCUUCGACUAGCUACUCGCUCCACCAUGCAAUUGAUGGGCUUUACCUACCAUGGUGGUGAAGCAUCAGGUGGUCUUUCUUACUUCCACUGCCCUCCUCCAGCUCGUCCCGGGCAACUCCUGGAGGUUGGGAAGGUGGUGGAGCCGAGCCGGGCCUUGCCGGUUGUGCUGGUGCACGGUCUGGGCAUCGGCAUUGCACCUUAUGUUCAGUUCAUCCGUCAGCUCUCUGCUUUGCGUGAGUGCUUUGUCAUUGAGCUGCCAGAGAUAUCCCAGGCAUGUUGUGAAAGCGUGCUGCCACCGGAGGUGAUGGCCGAGGCACUUUCGGCAAUGCUGCAGGCGCACGGUCACCGCCAGGCGAUCUUCAUUUCACAUUCUUACGGCACCUUCGUGAUGAGCUGGGUGCUCCAGUUCAGGAGGGACUUCGUUGCAAAGGCAGUUUUGCUGGAUCCAGUGGCGUUGCUUCUUGCGCAGCCGGACGUCGCUUACAACUUCCUGUACAGGCAGCCUGAUCAGCCGAUGCUAAUGUUUGCGGCGCAUUUUGUCAGAUGGGAGCUCUUUUCAGCCCACGUGUUAAUGCGUCACUUCUACUGGCACCACAACGUGCUUUGGAAAGAGGACUUGCCUCCCAACUCGCUGGUGGUGCUUUCCAGCCAUGAUGACAUUUGCAACUCGCACUAUGUGCGCCGCUAUCUGGAGGACCACCAGCGUCAAGAAGACGCUGCGAAGUCGAAGCUGCAAGUGCUGUGGCUUGACGGCUUUUUCCACGGUGACUCGGAUUCUGAAAGCCAGGAUUGGCCCGGAGCGCCCGGCCGGAUCUCCCAUCGUAGGACUUCCGUGCUAUGA